AUGGCAGUGUCUGGUUUCGAGGGAUUCGAGAAAAGACUCGAACUUCGGUUCUUCGACGACGACGACAACCCAACCAACCAUAUUAACCCGAUGGGACUCCGUCUAAUCGAUUUCGAAUCUCUAGACCAAGUCUUAAACGAAGUCCAGUGCACGGUGGUCUCCGCCGUAGCCAACCGUAGCUUCGACGCAUACGUUCUCUCAGAGUCAAGCCUCUUCGUCUACCCAACCAAGAUAAUCAUCAAAACGUGCGGCACAACGCAGCUCCUCAAAUCAAUCCGACCGUUGAUCCAUCUCGCGCGUAACCUCGGCCUCACGUUACGCGCGUGUCGCUACUCACGCGGCAGCUUCAUUUUCCCUAAAGCACAGCCUUUCCCUUACACGAGCUUCAAAGACGAAGUCGUCAUCGUCGAAGAAAGCCUCCCCAAGUCUCUCUGUUACCGUAAAGCCUCCGUCAUGACGCCUUCUAAUAACCCCUCGCGUGCUUGGCACGUGUUCACCGCUAGCGCUGACGUGGAAUCCGACGAGCAGGUCGUUGUGGUUGAAGUGUGUAUGACGGAGCUUGACAGAGUCAACGCUCGAAGUUUCUUCAGACGGAAAGGCGACGAGAAAAACAGCGAUUCCGCCGGGAAGGAGAUGACGCGGCUGAGCGGUAUCGAUAUGAUAAACGAAAACGCGUUUAUAUGCGAUUUCGCGUUUGACCCUUGCGGUUACUCCAUGAACGGCGUCGACGGAGACCGUUACUCGACCAUUCACGUCACGCCUGAAGACGGUUUUAGCUACGCGAGCUUCGAGUGCGGUUUGACUCUCUACGAAGACGGUCAUGGAGAUAUCGCUGAGGUUUUGAGCCGCGCAAUUGAUGUUUUCAGGCCAGACUCCAUCUCGAUCGCCACCACUUACGGCGGCGAGGAUUAUAACCACGAGGUGACGAAGCGCGUGGAGCGUGUGUUGGCGAAGAAGCUUGGCCUUAAGUGCCGGAGCCGACUUAUGGAUGAGUUUCCAGGCUCAGGAACCGUCGUUUAUCAGUCCUUCACGCCUCGCCGGAAAUAG